UGAUUGGAACAAAAUCUUUCACAUACAAGUUUUCUACGACGCUAAAUUCUUUUACGCAAAUAAAGUAUUUUAUGGGUACUAAAGAAAUAUACUACAAAAAAAAAGGAAACGAAUUUAAAUUAAAAUAAACCAAACAAUAUCAUGGAAGAAAGAUUGAUAGAGGCCAUACGUAAAAGGCCUUUUAUAUUUGACAAACAAUCGUUGAUGUAUCGUAAUAAACUGGCAAGAGAAAAAGCUUGGAAAUCAGUUUCUCAAGUAGUAGGAGUGGGUGUAAAACAAUGUAUGGCGCGUUGGCGUUCUUUGCGUGACCGUUAUGUGCGUGAAUUAGCCAAAGCCAAAGAUCCGGAUUCAGUGGGCAGACCAAGUUGGCGUUAUAUGAAACAGUUGGCAUUUAUUGAAGAACAUGUUAAACCAAAAAGACGACUCUCUUAUUUGGAUCAAACCGCUGAGGCUGAUGCUCAAGAUCCGGGUGAAUUCAUUUUUUCCGAAAUAGUUAAAGACUCCAAAUCGGGAGCAUUUCAGCUAGAGAUUAGACGACCCGAUCCGAAUGAAAGUUAUGAAAAUGAAUGUGAUGUGGAGGAGAUAUUACCAAUGUUACAGCAGGUGGGCCGUGUUGAGACACCGCCUCCUAGACCGGAUACCCCACCAAAGAAGCGUCAAAAAAUGCAAGAAAAUGCUCAUGAACGUUUUGAAAAACUAUGUUCGGCGGUUACGGAUUUAAUCGAAACUAAGAAACAAACGUAUAAGAAGAGUCGUAAUGAAGAUUUUUUAAAAGUAUUGGAUAGUUACUUAUUAAAACUUCCGGAAGAAGAGCAGGAUAAUUUAAAAAUAAGUAUUCUGAAUAUGGUACAUGUAAAUCCUUUAGAAUAAGUUAGCACAUAUAAAAAAUAUAAAUACAUAUGAUUAUUUCGAAGAUGAAGGAUAUCAAAAGAAAAAAUUUAGUCA